UCUUUGCAUUCGUGUGAUAAAGACGUAUUUAUAUACAAUACAACCAGCAGCACAACUUGUAGUAUACAUCAAUAUAUUCGGUGAAAAUACUGAAAAUUAAUCGAUUAAAGAGUUGUUUAAGCGAAUGAAAAUUAGUUCGAUAUUUUUGCCCAGUGCGUUUAUUGGAUUGAAAAAUCGGUUUUGACGGGUUCAAAGAUUGUUAAAUUGUGAUAAAAUGUUCUCAUAAUACUGCUGGCAGCGGAUAUUGUCUGAAUUAUUUGGAGGAUAUUUGAUAAUCAAAAUUAACAACAAUCCUAACUCACAAUGCCUAUCGUCAAUAUAAUAAAAAAAGCAUCCAGCUACAUCUUAGGAUACGACGAAUCCGCCGAUAAGGACGAUCAAAUUUAUGAAGACAACGAAGUACUGUUUUGCAAGAACAAUAUUUGUGUUCAUCCACCGGCGUUCGCAAGACAAGAAUCCGACAUUCUACAUUAUCCCGGCUAUCUGACCGUAACGACAAAGACAUUCGUCGAUCAAUACAACAACGCAAAGAGACCGACACUGAUGCUUACAUGGAUCCCAAAUGCAACAUUGCGUAAAUGUCCAUCGACCGUUGAAAAUUCGAUCAUUCAUCGACAGUUUUCGGAGGAACUCAAGCAGAAUAAGUUCUUACAGCAUCUGAACGAGAAGAACGCAUUGAAAAACGGUUCGCAAACAUCGCUAAUUAGCACCCACAGUAUAGUAAGCAACAACACCAAUCCGUUCCUCGAACCGUAUUUCUGUAACAGUCCGUUGCCCGACAAAAAAGUAUUAAACAAUGAAAAUGGUGAUAAUUUCGAUGCAAUCAGUGUAAGCUCAAGUUCAGACAAAGCAAGUGUCAGCACUCACAGCCGGGAUGACGCUGCCGACGACGAGGAUGUGUUCACAGUUGGCAUUGAAUCACAACCGAUAAAAGAAGAAACGGAAGAUGAAAUUCAACUGAAAAGAGAAUUGGAGCCGUUGCUGGGUGGAGAAGGUGGAGUAGAUACCGUCCCGAAUAUGAAAUUACCGUUACCAUUCCAAACUCAACAAUCUGUUACGUCUGUAAACAUCACAAUUGCCAAUCCACGUAUUCAAAACCACGAUAUAUCACCGACGGAGAGCGUCAAACAGCAAAGUGAUAAAUUCAUGCGAACACUGUCGACUAGCUCUCAGGACGAUAACUUCAGUCCGAACUGGAUGACACCGGAAUUGUUUGCGUACAAACACAAUUUAUCAUUUCCGGAUAGUGCUACAGCAUCGCCAGUUGUGACUAGGAAGCAAGUGCCGCUGAAAUGUAGAAGAUUCUCUGUUGAUCUCAGUCAAAUGCGAUCACUGCGGCUAUUUUUCAAUGACGAAAAUUGCACGUCCGGACAAUUGGUAAUUGCGUCUCGUGAGUCUCAAUACAAAAUUCUUCAUUUUCAUCACGGUGGUUUGGAUCACCUAGCCCAAGUAUUACACCAAUGGCACUGUCUACUUCAUAACAUCAAGCUAGCACCAGGAACUUUAGGAAAUGACGAGCCAAAUUUACCAUACCGUCAAUUUAUGGUCUGUCGACCGGAAGUGAAAAAAUCAGAAUUACAUCCCGACGAAGACAAUGUGAAUAAAAUCACAACAGACUACUUCUACGGCACACUUCUCAACGAAAAGGGACAGAUCGAAGAUGAUUUACUGUUACGGAAGUGCGUAUUCUUUGGCGGACUAGAAAAAAGUUUACGGAAAACAGUGUGGCCAUUCCUGUUGCAUUGCUAUUCGUUUGCAUCGUCAUUUGAGGAUAGAGCUGUUCUACUGGAAAUAAGGAAGCAGGAAUAUGAAGCCUUGACGAGAAGACGAUUGUACUCAAUGUCUCCUGAAGAGCAAGCGCAAUUCUGGCGCACUGUCCAAUGCGUCAUAGAGAAAGACGUUAUCCGUACCGAUCGUGGAAAUCCGUAUUUCGCUGGCGAUGACAAUCCAAAUAUCGAAAUUAUGAAGAAUAUCCUGCUGAACUAUGCCUAUUACAAUCCCGGACUGUCAUAUACGCAAGGUAUGAGUGAUCUACUAGCUCCUGUUUUAUGCGAAGUUCAAAACGAAUCGGAAACUUUCUGGUGCUUUGUUGGAUUGAUGCAAAGAGCGAUUUUCGUGUGCACUCCGACCGACAAUGAUAUAGAUAAAAAUUUGAGUUACCUUAGAGAAUUAAUUCGAUUGAUGGUUCCUAAAUUCCACGAACACUUGGAAAAGCAUACCGAUUCCAUGGAGCUACUGUUUUGCCAUCGAUGGAUAUUGCUAUGUUUCAAGCGAGAAUUCACGGAACCCGUAGCAAUCCGAAUGUGGGAAGCGUGCUGGUCAAACUAUCUCACGGAUUAUUUUCAUUUGUUUCUUUGCUUGGCUAUAAUCGCUGUUUAUGCUGACGAUGUUAUUGCACAGGAUUUACGUACGGACGAGAUGCUAUUGCAUUUCAGUUCAUUAGCUAUGUACAUGGAUGGACAAGUAAUUCUGCGAAAGGCUCGUGGCUUACUUCAUCAAUUCAGACAAUUACCUCGCAUCCCAUGCACUCUAUCCGGCUUGUGCAAACGUUGUGGUCCUGGAAUGUGGGACUCCGGCCAUCAUCCUGCUAUUGAGUGUAUUGGUCACACAGACGAAGAGCACUGUUCGCUAGCUGUAGACUAAAGAAGGGGAAAUUAAAUUUAAAUAUUUUUUACAUUUGAUUUAUAUAAUUAUGAAAUCUUCUAUUUUGCGAACUAGAUAUUCUAAAUAGUAGUUGUUUUUUGGAUGGCUUGCGAAAAGGAUUUAAACGGUGAUUGAGAAUUAAUUCCAGAGUAUGGCGUUUUGUAUUGACACAAAAAAAAAAUCUGAAUGUAAACUUGUCUUAUAGAAAAAUAAUGGAAAAUUUAUGUUGGCUAUAACCAAAUCAUGCAAAACGGAAGAAUAAAUAGAAUACAAUGAAUAGAGGAUACAGAAUUAAUAUUUGCAUCACAGGGAGAGAAACCACGUAAUUGCAGUAUGUGCGUGCGUGAAUUUCUAUGCCGAAAGAAUUAGUGUUAGAUAGACCGUGUAUGUGUUUGUGCUAGCCGAAGACGAGACAACCCAUUCUCAACUAAAAAUAAAAACAAUUCUGAAGGAAUACAAAUUCACGGACGUACUGCGAUUGAGCGGUUUCUCUCCUGUGAUGCACAAAAUUUUACAUGCUUCAGCACCAAAAACCGUUUAUUUCAUCAAUGACGCAUUUUUUCGGUGCUCUCAGCAUGUAAAACAUUGAAUGUUUCUCGGACGAAAAAUUAAAAGUUUCGUUUUUGCCUGGGUAUUGACCUCGGCUUCGGCUCGUAUCAACAAACUUAAGGUGAAAACUCGUCUUUUCAACUUGUCCGUCCUUGUGACGUUAAUAGCUAUUACAUACAUCAUGUUACGAACACCACAAAAACCCAAACAACAAUGAGAUGCAGAGAGAGGAGAGAGAGAAUAGUGUGUUACGUACCUGCGGGAAAAUUUGCUUACUCACGAGGGGGAAGUUUGUGUCCCGAGCCGAAGGCGAAGGAUAUAAUCUUCAGAGUAACCUAAAAGACGAUGGUUUUGCAUAGCUUUCAGCUUGUACUUUCGUAACAUGGCGCGUGUAAAAUGAAUUACUUGUAUAAACGAAAGUAUGAUCAUUAAAAUGGACGAUUUCAUAAUGAAAUAUAUGUUUCAGGUUUCGGCCACUUGUCUGUAAAUGUAUUCAACAAAAACGAACAAACAAAAAUCAAUGAAAAAACAAAACAAAAUCUCUGAUUAAUUUCAAAGUAUAUUAAUGACUGUUUAUCUUUAUAUAAAAUAAAAUAACAAUUAUUACCAAAAGUUAUAUGAUGCAUUUGAGGCUGAGUUAUAAACAUAAUAUCGAUAAUAAACAUAAAUAUAGUCACAGUGAUGUUGAAAGCGCUUAAAAACACAAAAUUAUAAACGCAAAAUAUAUUUAUCUGAGGAAAA